UUGGGAAGGGAGCUCAGCCCCAUUGUGUUGGGAAACAGCGACGGGAAAACAAGCCCAAGUUUCUGCUCUGCACGCUCGCACCGACCGUGUGCGGGAGUCAGCGCGGAAACUCGGGAGGACCUUAAAGUAAAAAGAGAACGGAAAGAGAAAGCCCAAUCAAAAAGCAUCUUUCUAGGGAAACAUCGAAGAGGGAAACGGCAACAGUUUUCUGCGGGCUCGCCCUCCCCGAGAACUGUCAGCCACUUUGCAGUAAGCAGAGCACAGGAUUUAUUUCUCGGCUGUGACUUCCAACCUGUGAAUAAAUAGCAUUUAGAGAGAGAAUGGGACCCGAAAAGACUCUCAAGCACUGAGCAGAGGGGUGAGUUUUAUUGAAUGGCUUCUUCUCUUUACGAUCCGCUGGAGCUUUCUAACCUCCUGCUUUCAGGCACGGCAGCCCAAUGACUUGUCUUUUCACUGCAGCUUGUUGCAUCCCUCACCAGGCUUUCCUGAGCGCAGCUCUGUGUCCGUAGCCUUUUCCCCCGCUGCUCCAGGUCAGUCUGGUGGCAUUUGCAGCAGAGCUGAUUUGCUGCCGAUUUGCUUUCAUGAGAAAUUAAAUCCACAAGUCUUUGAAACCGAACGGCAGCCUAAAAAUCAGCUAGAAUCCAAUACCAUUUAAAAUGGCAGGUGACUUUAGGUUUCCAGAUGCGGACACUGACGUAACAGAGAAAAACGAAGAAACUGAGAUCGUAGUCAAUGUCGGUGGGGUGAGGCAGGUGUUCUACAGUGAUAACCUGAACCAGUACCCAGAAACACGGCUGGCAGAGUUGCUCAACUGCCUGUCGGGGGGAUACGACAGCAUAUUCUCCCUCUGCGAUGACUACGAUCCUGGAAAGAGAGAGUUUUACUUUGACAGAGAUCCAGAUGCUUUCAAAUGCAUUAUUGAUGUGUACUACUUUGGGGAAAUUCACAUGAAGAAAGGAAUAUGCCCCAUCUGUUUCAAGAAUGAGAUGGAAUUUUGGAAAGUGGAUCUUAAAUUUUUGGAUGACUGCUGCAAAACUCAUCUGAGUGAGAAAAAGGAGGAACUGGAGGAAAUAGCCCGAAGGGUGCAACUGAUCCUAGAUGACUUGGGAGUGGAUGCCUCUGAAAGCCGCUGGAAAAGAUGUCAAAAGUACAUCUGGAAAUUCUUGGAGAAGCCAGAAUCAUCCUACCCAGCUCGAGUGAUUGCUGUUCUGUCUUUCCUGUUUAUUUUGAUCUCCUCAGUUGUGAUGUGUGUGGGGACCAUCCCAGACAUGCAGGUCUUGGAUGCGGAGGGGAACCGUGUGGAGCACCCAACCCUGGACAGCAUCGAGACAGCCUGCAUAGGCUGGUUCACCAUGGAGUACGUGCUGAGGCUCAUCUCCUCUCCAAAUAAACUUCACUUCGCCCUGUCAUUCAUGAACAUUGUCGAUGUACUAGCUAUACUUCCUUUUUAUGUCAGCCUCACCUUGACACACCUGGGAGCCAAGCUGAUGGAGCUGAGCAAUGUCCAGCAGGCAGUCCAAGCACUGCGCAUCAUGAGGGUCGCGAGGAUUUUCAAGCUCGCACGGCACUCCUCGGGGCUCCAGACCCUGACCUAUGCUCUGAAACGCAGCUUUAAGGAGCUGGGGCUGCUCCUCAUGUACUUAGCUGUUGGGAUCUUUGUCUUUUCUGCCCUGGGCUAUACCAUGGAGCAAAGUCACCCCGAUACCUUAUUUAAAAGCAUCCCUCAGUCAUUCUGGUGGGCAAUCAUCACCAUGACCACGGUCGGGUAUGGAGACAUAUACCCCAAAACUACUCUAGGAAAACUGAACGCUGCCAUCAGUUUUCUUUGCGGAGUGAUAGCGAUUGCCCUUCCCAUCCACCCUAUCAUUAAUAACUUUGUCAGGUACUAUAACAAACAGAGGGUUUUAGAAACAGCUGCCAAGCACGAAUUAGAGCUGAUGGAGCUAAACUCAGCUGAGGGGAAAGCUGCAAGCUCCAAGAGUGAACUCAGGGACCUUGCAAGUGAGGGCAAGGAGGGCCCUUUUUAUAGCAGCCGGCUAAAAGUCUCCCACAGUGACACCUUUAUUCAUCUCCUGUCAGAAGAGAAACACUAUAGGACCAGGCUUCAAAGCUGCAAAUAAACUGUGAGCUGUUGUCGGCGCUAAGCCUAUAGAUGGGGACAACCUGACAAACAGCUUUGGAAAGGACAAGAGGGAUCUGUUGGUGCUGGGAGGGAGCACUGCUUUGCUUUUCCAACGUGAACAUAAAGUAACCCGUGCUACCUCCAUCAGCAGUUGGUAAGACUUUGCUGUUAUUAUCCAAAGUAAAACCAUAGGACUCCAUUGAGAUCAGACUGCUUAUAAUGAUUGCAUUCUGACAGCAACCAUUUGUAACCAUUUUAAAUACUGAAAAGUUCUUCCUGACCCGUAAAUGUUUGAUGAUCUGAGUGUGCAGCAUUGCCAAAUCAGAGCUCUGUACCUAUAACAAUAAAGAGCAACAUCACACACCGAGUGUGUCUUCCAGGCUGUAAUCAGUGGUUUUUCAGCUAGGAAAAUCAUUCUCAAAAAUUAAAGCAAUAUUUCACUCAUCAUGGGUUUGGGUUUAUAGCAAAACGUUGCAAACACUUUCAGCCUGAAGAUACUGAGAGCAUGAGCAUGUACCUUGUGCUGAAUAACGCAGGCAAUGAAUGGUUUCAUUUUUGUAACCUGUACCGUGGGCUUGACUUUGUGGAUACGUACCUGUUUCUCUUUCAAGAAAAAAAAUUAAAUAGCACCUGAAGCUAUUUUUUUUGGGCAGUGAUGCAAAACAGAAUCAAGUGUAUUUUAAGAAACAAAUGAAAUAAACAUCUGUUCUACCAUAAUUACAAAAUUACAAUUGAUAGUUGCAGGUAUCUUUCAAGAAGUCUUUAUAUUCCAGUAAGAUUUACAAUGUAAGUUACAUUGCAAUAUUUUACUGCACCAUUAAACCAAGAGAAGUUUAGUGAGAAGGAACCGCUCAAUAGGAAAGUUUAGCUCUUUGAAAGUAAGUGUAAGGGAAGUUUCAGAAAAUGGUAUCAUCUCCAAAGGAUUUAGGCUAGGACUGUCUAUCUGAAUGAGCAUAUUAUCAGGUUAUUAAGAAAAAAACCCAACAACUCAGCCCAUCACAUCCCUACAAUAACUGUAUGGUUUUGUGAAUGUCAGUUUACAGAGGUAGUAGGCACUAAUCAGUGCCUUAUUCAUUAAUCAGCAUAUUAAUCAACACCAGUGUGUAACUACUAUCCUUCCCAAAAGCAAGCACUGUCUAUGUGUGCAUUCAUUUGGCAUGAAUAAAGAGUGCAAUACAUGGCUCUCUACCAGAGAGAUCCAUUGAAAUCAAUCCAUUGGAGUGAUGCUAGCUUAAAGGGGAGGGGAGACCUGGGGGUACAGACAUGUUUAUGUACACUGAAAGUAAGAUCCCAGCAGAUUAAAGGAUGAGGGUGGCUGUUCUUAUUUGUUCCCUUUUGUGUCAAGCAGCCCCUUUCCAUCUUCAAGUGGAAAACAACAGUGUGAGCCAUGAUCUGUCCCUGAGCAGCUUGUAUCUGAGACCCCAUGCAGACCCCUGGGACUCUUCUCCUGGUACUUGGGCAUGUGGUGGGGCUGUGGCAACAGGAGGGGUGCAGAGAUGCAGGGUGGGCUCUGCACCCUCUCCUGGCACCUUGCUGACCCCUGGGCUCUGGUGAAUGAGAAGCUGUCUGCUGGCAAUGGCUGCUCUCUUUAAUGGCAUCAAGGGUGAGUGGUGGCCCAUGCAGGGUGACAUUGGCUGGUCCUUAGCACCCACCUGUAGCACUCCUCUAGAGCAGUGGAAGAGUCGCAAGACCUUUUUCCUCCCAUGACCCUGUUUUUAAACCAUCUCUUCAUCAUAUCCUGUCUUAAACACCCAACAAUUCAAAGCAACCCUUUUUCUAUCAGAAUCCCUCCACCAGUUUUUUUCACCCCCUGGCUCUCACCAGAGGGGCACAAUCCUGCCCCUCAUAGAAUCAUUGAGGUUGGGAAGACCACUCGGAUCAUCUAGUCCAACUCUGGGGUCUUCCAGGAUGUAGGUGUGGUUUGCAGCCACCAAAAGUCACCUUGGAUGGGAUACUGAGGGUGAGAGACGAGUAAAAGGAAGGGAGUUGUGCCAGCCCUAGUGGUACGCCUCAUCUGUCAUGGAGAUAUUAAAUCUUCUUGAUUUCCUUCUUGACACGCAGAGGGUGGCUGAGAGUGAAUUAAGUUAGCAAAAGUGCUUUCCUGAGUGAGGGAAGCACUAUAUAAAUGCUAAAAGAUAUGUUUAGCACUCCAAGUACCAAAUCUUCAACGCUGUGCUUUGCCAUUUAUUUAAUGUGACAAUAAUAUAAAAAAAAUGAACAUCUCUUAUCAGAAAUAAAUUUAUUGCUGUAUUUCCCCAUUGAGUUAUGCCUUUGAGCACCAGAGUCUGCUUAAGCCUGAGAAGAGCUUUGGGGUGACCUUGAUGCCUCUCAUGCCCAGACAGCUCUCCAGCCAGGCUAUGUGCACUGUAUUGGGGGGUGUUGCUUGUGUAAGGUACAUAUUGGUAAGAUAUAUAUAUUUUACAUGUAUGUGAAUGGGCAGCACAGAUCUCUACCAUUUGCCUAGCCCACACUGCAGGAGGAGCCCUUGGGGAAAUCAAGUGUUGACAAGGGACAGGGCAUGCUGGCAGCACACGGGGGAGUCUGUAGGUGAGCAGGGUCUCUUUCCUUUAUUAGAAGUUAAUCUGAAAAAUAAGACUUAGCAGACCUAAGGGUUUGGGGUGGAGUAGGUGGGAACAUCUGUGCAGCCCCCACGACCAUCCAAAAGCUCUGGACUCCCAGAUGGACAAAGCAAACAGGCUACCCUUCCUGUGAGGAACUGGGAGGGCUGAGGAGAAAAUGUUAGAAAGAAAACAGUGAACAGAAAUUUGGAAGAAAGCAGAGCUACUAUAAUUUUAGUUGCCGUCAGUCCCCUUCUUGUACAGAAGCUCCAGAGUAAAACCUUGAAGAGACUGCUUUUAUCUCCUACCUAACACCAACCUCACUUGUAAAUCUGGGAUUAGCUGCCAGCAGAAUCUGAUUCAAUAGUCUUAACUUAAUGAACUACGCUACAGUAGGUUGUUGGCAAUUGCUAAAGCUGUAGGUAAAAUGAAGCCUAUUUCCAGCUUUCUGGGCAUCGCAUGGGUUGGAGCUUAAUGGAGUGGAAAUUGCUUUCAGAUGUGUGGAAGAUGGCUGCAGUGAUUGGUGACACACGGCAUUAAUCUCAGGGAGGUAAUAGGCACGCAGCAACCAACCUGUGCUGUGUGCUGGGGCAUGUCACAGUUGACAUGCCACCUUGGCUCUGGGGACACUCAGAUAAAAAACAUCUAUAGGUAGGAUUUUAUUGCUUUUAGCUGAAUGUAACAGUGAUGCAACCUCAGAAACCCUUAGGCAGUUUUCUUUACACCUCAUGUUCUCCUUGAAUCUCCCUGGCCAAAAAACCUAAGAGGAAGAACCACAAAACCAUUAUAUUCUCAUUCUCAGAUGUGCUAAGAUAAAUGGAGCAGAAUUCUUUAUGAGUUAUGCUGGGCAGAAGUGCUUCCUCUGCCAGCGUGGCCAUCAGUGCUACAUCCCCUGACAAACCCCAGUGUUUCCUGCCCACACUGCUACAGGCAGUGACUGGGAUGUGCAGAUCUGUCUGCCUGUUCCAUCCAAUGUUACUGGAUUUUGCCUAAAAAUGCUCAUGAUAGGACAAGAGGUAAUGGUCUUAAG